AUGCUGUAAGGCUCGUACGCGUGCUGACUCACAAAAUGACAUUUUUAUUUCACACACAAUCAUGCAUAGGUCUGUUCCAAGGCCAUAAGAAUUGUCAAAUUACUGUCAAAUUUCAUCCAUAGAGACAUUACCUCAUCAAUAUUUAAAUGAAAACCGAUCGCUCUGGAUGAAAUCGGGUUCGUUCGGCUCGGCCAGUGAAAAAUUCGUGUUUACAGUUAUUUUGAACAAACCUUUAUCAAAUAACACAUGACCACACAAACAUACACAUAUAACACACUCACUUAUACUCACACACAGAAACACAUGGAUCCUUACCGAUCGGAAGCUGAAGUGGCUCCUCCAACUCCCAAAUGGAAAAGACUAUUGAGACAGAAUUCCGAGAAAAUCGGCACAUUCGCCGAAGAUGUUGUCUUACCACCAAAUCAACGGAGCGGACAAAGGGCUACUGUGCCUGAAGUGAUUUUAGUGCGAGAUGUUGAGGCACAAAAUUCUAACAUGUCCACGAUGGUCGUAGACUGUAGAACGUCACAAAAACAACCGCGACAUUUCCCGAGCUUCAUUGUUGGCAUCUCCAUCAUCCAAGUUUUUUUGAUGUACAACGUGAACAACCAGGACUUGCUGAUUAAUCUCGGGUACGAUCCACAUCGCCGACAUGAACUCUGGCGAUUCGUUACCAUUAUGUUUGUUCAUACUGGAUUCAUCCAUCUCUGGUCGAACGUUAUAUUUCAAUUAAUAUUGGGCAUUCCACUGGAGAUCGUGCAUAAUUGGAGACGCAUUUCAAUAAUCUACAUAGCAUCCGUUGUCGGUGGUACGUUAUUCAUUACUGUUUUGAGGCCAAGGAUCUACACCGUCGGUGCUUCUGCUGCUGUAUAUGGACUGUUAUUUUCUCAUCUAUCAACAAUUAUUUUAAAUUGGAACGAAAUGGACCGUAAAUGUUGCCGAUUGUUUUGGCUCUUGGCGUACAUGUCUUUCGACAUUGGUCUUUCGAUUUUCGACGCACUUCAAAAACAAGAUGUAGGCUCAAGAACAAGUCAUGCAGCUCACUUAGGCGGUGCUGUUACCGGAUUUUUAGUGUCCAUUUUGGUGCUAAAAAAUUUCCAAUCACAUCCGUGGGAGGAAAAGAUGCAAAAAAUCUGUUUGACGAUUCUUAAAGUUCUUGGCGUUGCCAUUUUGAUCUUCAACAUUGUGGUAUGGGGUCUGUACUUGCCGGAAGAAUGGAAUUUCAAUUAUCGAAAUUCGCUUCAAGUCUAUCUCAAAAAGACUAUUAUUGAAAGUUCCAACGAUUCUCGAAUACAUCAAAAAUGCAUGCGAGACCUGGACUGCAAAUCAGUACUUGACCAAUAUUCAUUUAACGGAACAAUAAGCAAUAUAUCAUUAGAAUGAAUUGUCAUGAUGGAAGUUGCAGCUAGAUUUAUGGCUUUUGGCUUUUUGUAUUUUUUUUUCAUAAAUCUUAGAAUCAACCUUCGGCUAACUAAAUCAAAUACUCAGUUAUGUAAUA